ACGGAGGAUGGAUGUUUCUGGACGGGUCUUUGGUGAAAAAGUUAAAAACCGGCCGUGCUGUGAGCCUCGGAGACUUGCUCUGGCCCUCCUGGCGUCCGCUCCUGCGGCUGGGACUCUGUCAGAGUUUCCCUGAAUGGCCCUGAGAGUUCAAGCGUCUAGAUUUUCCUACGCGUCGGCUUAAAAAGCUGAGAAGAAGUUUCUCUGAACUCACCUGGGGCAUUUAGAGGUUUUGAGAUUAGCUGUAUUGAACUGUCCUACAGUAACAGUCCACCACUAGGUACCUUGAGUGAGGACACCGGACCUAAAGAUCCAUAUCCCAUUCCAAGAAAGAUUAUGGCUGAACCAGACUACAUAGGUGAUGACAAUCCUGAGUUAAUUAGACCUCAGAAAUUAAUUAAUCCUGUGAAGUCAUCCCGGAAUCAUCAGGAUCUCCACAGAGAGCUGCUUAUGAACCAGAAAAGGGGUCUUGCACCUCAGAACAAGCCAGAGCUGCAAAAGGUGAUGGAGAAGAGAAAACGAGAUCAAGUUAUUAAACAACAAAAAGAAGAGGAAGCACAAAAGAAGAAAUCAGACCUGGAAAUAGAGCUACUGAAACGGCAGCAGAAACUGGAGCAGCUGGAACUUGAGCAACAGAAGAUGCAAGAAGAGCAGGAAAAUGCACCGGAAUUUGUCAAAGUCAAAGGCAACUUGAGGAGGACGGUCCAGGAAGCAACAGAUGCAGCGGACUCCUAGAGCCAGCUCCUGCUUACACUUCUGGCGUUCCAGCGGUGGAUGCAGAGAGGCUUCUGCAGGUUGUCUCAGAUUUCCUCCUCAAGAGGGAGAGUAACAGUAUCCAGGUGACACUUGCUGAAGAAGAGAUUUUUUUUUUUUUUUUUUUUUAAGUUCCUGGGACGUGUGGAUUAAAAAGACUGUAAUGUGAACAGAUUGACUUGCCAAACGCAGUCCUGAGACCAACGGAUGAGGAGUCUGUGUGUCAGUUUGGUGUCGUGGACCAGUCUGAAGUGCUUGCUCGGAGAUUUGAACCAGGGAUACUAGAGAAGCUUCUUCAGUGUUGCACUGCUCUAUCUCUUAUGAGCCUAGUUUAAUGGAGAUACCCAGAUUAUAUUUCGCUUUAAAACAGAACAAAAAUCCUUUUGCUGUGCAGGUAAAUUCCCUCUUCCUAGCCCUGCAGCUUGUGUAUAGCCCACCAUAAUUUGCAUUUAAUUUGAAUUUGGGUCAAAUCUGGCAGGAAAUGAGGUAUGUUCAUCAUCACUGCCAGUCUGCACCAGGAUAGAUAGGUGUGUUAGGGAGAUGAGAAUGCUUAAAAUUCACCAGCAGCGAAUAGCUAAGCAACCAUAAAGCCCGGUUCUCCCUGUUGAGAAUGUGGAAUUUGGGCUAUGAAAGAGCAGAAAUCUGAUGAUCCUUCCACUGGGGAAAAUC